UCGGCUGGACACCGAGUCGCCACCAGUCUCCAAGUGUCCGCUGCCAGCAGCAAGCCGAGCACCGCACGAGUAGCGAGCGACAUGGGCCGCACGACGAGGGUACUGGUGGCAGCAGGCCUGCUAUUGGCAGUGCUGAGCCAGGAUGGUAUGGCACGGCCUUGGGGCCACGGAGGCGGUGGAGGCGGCGGCCACGGCGGAGGUGGAGGCGGCGGCCACGGCGGAGGUGGAGGCGGCGGCCACGGCGGAGGCGGAGGCGGCGGAGGUGGUCACGGUAAACAUCUCGGAGGACCUGGCGGCUAUGCCCACUCCUACGCCUACUUCCACGGACCGGUAGCUGGAGCCCAUGAGGCUGUCCACGGCGGUGGUGGCCACGGGGGUGGCGGAGGCGGCGGCGGACACGGAGGUCACGGGGGUGGCGGCGGCGGUGGCGGACACGGAGGACACGGUGGUGGUGGCGGCGGACACGGAGGUGGUCACGGAGGCUACGGUGGCGGUGGUCACGGAGGCUACGGUGGCGGCGGACACGGAGGCGGUCACGGAGGCUACGGUGGCGGUCACGGCGGAGGUGGCGGCGGGCACGGAGGUGGCGGCCAUGGAGGCGGCGGUGGUGGACACUACACCGACUUUGUCGCCUACCCACUGUACACCUACGGUUAUGACGUGUCUGACAAGCACACUGGAGACCACCACGGACAUAAGGAGGACAGAAAGGGACACAGUGUGAUCGGAGAGUACCACAUCAAGGAGCCGGGCGGCGACGUGCGCGUCGUCAAGUACAAGGCGGACAACAAGCACGGCUUCCAGGCUCACGUGAGCGGCGGCGCCGCAGGCGGAGGUCACAACGACCACUCCGGCUACCACAGCGGCUGCCACGGCUGCGGAUCCCAUCACGGAGGCGGCGGCGGCGGCGGUGGCCACGGAGGUUACGGAGGCGGUGGACACGGAGGCGGCGGUGGUGGUGGCCACGGAGGCGGCGGCGGCGGCCAUGGAGGUCACUACUGAUCGACACUGUAC